GGAACGAGGUAUGUGGACAGGGAUGGCCCUGCGACCGCCACCGACUCCCCUCCUUAUGGUCCAUCCUUGUCUUCCCCUCCCUCUCUCUCUCUCUCUCGCUCUCGCUCGGCUUUAUAUUAGAGCCUUCUUCGCUUAGAUUACCACCCCAACUCCAAGUCCAACAAAGCAUCCUCCUCUCUCAACCACCGAACCAAAAACCACUGUGCCUCCUGCAAAAGAACCCACCUCCGCCUCCUACACCUCAGUUUUGGACAUGAAGCAGCGACCGCCCUGCGAGCUCUGUGGCUGCGAGGCAGUGGUCUUCUGCGAUUCGGACGCGGCCUUCCUCUGCUGGGCCUGCGACGCGUCCGUCCACGGCGCCAACUUCCUCGUGGCCCGCCACGUCCGCUUGGUCACCUGCCCCGCCUGCGACUCUCUCGACGCCGCCCGCCGCGUUUCCGGAGCCGCCCCGUGCCGGGUCCGCGACUUCUGCGCUUCCUGUGACCCUGACUCUGUCUCUCCUCCCUCUCCUUCCCGCUCCGCCGGCUCCUCGUCCUCCAGCUCUUGCCUCUCCACCUCCGAGUCCACGGCGGCGCAUCGGGGGGUGAAAACCGCCGCUCCACGGCGAACGGCAGCGAGACGGCAGCGUGGGGGGGCGGACGAGAGGGUGGAGGGCGUCCUGCUCGGCUGGAGCCGGAGGAUGGGGCUACGUAACCAGCGGCGGUGCGUGGAAGCGGCGGCGCGGGUGGUUGGCGCGUGCCAGCGGGCGACAUCGGCCCUGCCACUCCGGGUGGCCCUCUCAGCCGCGUUGUGGUUCGCCAUCAAGCUCUGCGAGGACGAGGCGGUGCCGGAGAAAGGCGGCGCAGCGGCUCUCCGGCGGCUGGAGGCGUGCUCCGGUGUGCCCGCGAGGCUAAUCCUAGCGGUCGAGUCGCGGAUCGCUCGGCUCGCCGAGCGCGCCCGUGUCGCGGAGGAGGGCUGGGCCGAGUGCCCGUAGCCGAUCCAACACGGCCACGCGUUUCUUUUUGCCUUUACUUAAACGCCCCUCACGGUUCUUUUAUAUGUAAGAAAAGGUCACAUAAGGUCGUAAUAUACUAAUAUGGCGUGUUGUGUUGAGCUACCGAGACAGGUGUCGGAGAGAAAGCUUGAUCGAGGCAAAAGGUUAACCGUAGUGGUUCACUCGUUUUCCUUUUAUUAGUGGUUGAGUCAUUACAUACUGCAAGUAAGAACCUCGUGUGGGUGGCUGAGAUUAAGAAGAUGUAGUCAGUAGAUUUCGUUUGUAUCUUGUGACACAAUCCACAAGCUGAGUUGAAAUCGGAA